AUAUCUCCACCUAGUACGAUCAUCAUCUUUGGCAUAUACAAAACAUAUCUGAAAAAUCUACAGCCCAGUCAGGUUCCUCAGCCAUUGAUAGUCGCUAAAGAGUCAUCUGCCCUAAGGCCCAUUAUUUUCCUUGUCAAUCAUCAGCAGAAAGUUGAAUGCACUAUCAAUCUGGGUUCACAAGUCAUCACCAUGUUGGAAGGCAUUUGCAACAAAUUAGCACUCAUCUACAACCCUAAAAUCAUUCUUAAUAUACAGUUGGCAAACAGCAAAAUUAACCGAUCCUUGGGCCUGGCAUGUAACAUUCCAUUCCUCAUCAGUGACAUUAUCUUGUAUCUCCAAGUCUAUGUCAUUCAGAACCCAGCCUAUAAUGUUCUCCUCUGUUGCCCCUUUGACAUCCUCACCAAAAAUAUUGUCAAGAAUUAUUUGAAUGAAGACCAGACAAUUGCCAUCAGUGACCUGAAUAUGGGACAAUAA